ACAGGCUGCAGCUGUGAGUGUAUGUAUCCACUCCACACUGAACAGGAAAGGGAGAUGUGUGAAGAAAAUGGAAGUUUGAGUUUCAGAGAGAUUUGUUGAGGGAAGGGAAGGGAAUUGGAUUUUUCCGAGAAAUAGAAAAGAAGACGAAAACUGGAGGGGUUUUUCCUUGUUGAGAAAAUGACGACCGGCAUAGUGCAGGAUCAGAAUCUGGAGAAGCAGAUUGGGAAGCAGAUGGGAUGCAUGGCUGGAUUCUUUCAGAUCUUUGAUCGUCACCAGAUUCUCACCGGAAAACGCCUCUACUCCACCAGGCGCCUUCCCUCUAUACCGGCAACUGAAUCGACUUCAGAGACAGAGAAGAAUGUUGGUUCGCCGGCGAUGUCGGGGGAAUUGGAGAAGCAGACACAAGGUCGGCCAGCGCCAUCUCCGGAAGGAUUCAAGCAAUCGCCGGUACCGGAGAUGCGGUCUCCGGUGCCGGAAUUGUCAACUACGGUUGAGAAUCCGCCCAAGAGUCCUCUUCCUCUUCCUAUUUUCGAAUUGAAGGAAGGGACAAGGUCGUCGUGGAAGUUUUCCAAAGAGGCUCCGAGACUGUCGCUGGAUAGCAGGGCCGUUGUUGAUGCCAAGGGCAGCCUUAAGCCGAGAGAGAUCCGGACGAAUGCGGCGAUUUUAUCGGUCAACCGCGAGACCAGUGUAGACGGAGUCGAUGAUGGCGACAAGCAACGACGGUCCCCCGGCGUAAUCGCGAGGCUGAUGGGACUCGAACCGUUGGCGGGCUCUGAUCCGGAGCCGCGGGCCAAGAAAGCGGAGCUCCGGCGAUCCGCUUCAGAGUCGAGAGGCAGAGAUCUAUUUCAGUAUCGAUUCAUCGAUGGAGUCAAUUUCCAACUAAAACAGAACCAGCAGAGCAAUUUGCAGAGCGACAUUUCCAACAAUCUGAUUGGAGAAAAUGGAACCAAACAAGAUCAAGCAAACAAUAGCAGAUCGGGCAAUUCGAAGCAGUACAGUGCAAGGAAUGCCAGAGGCGAACCGGAAAAAGUACCGUAUAGAGGCACCGUACAACGAAAAUGCUUCUACGAUUCGGCUGAUUUCUUUCCGGAGCCAAAACAGACGGUGUCUAUCUGCGGCGAGAUUGAGAAGAGGCUUAAGCUGAGAGGAAUCCAUGAGCCGUUAAAGGAUCUCGAGACUCUCAAGCAAAUCCUCGAAGCUCUGCAACUCAAAGGCCUUCUUCACUCCAACUGCAAGAAGCAUUCAGAUAGCAGAAACUUUAUCUGUGACCGGAGUUUCCCUCAGGAGGAAUCUCCAAUUGUUGUCAUGAGGCCUGCUAGAUCACCGGCUACAGCUAGAAGGAUUGGUAACGAUUCACCUACUUCUGGCUACAGAUCGAGGACAUUACCUAGCCGGAGCUUAAACAACUCCUGCGAGUCGUUGCCACUGCUCAGUCCCAAGAAUGACCGGAAUGUAAGGAACAGAGGAGGUACAGGCAGGAAUGCGAUUUCGCCGACUAGGAGUGAGAGUAGCUUGAAGAGUCCUGGUAGAAGGCCUUUGACGGUUGAGACAAAGAGGAGGGGAAACGAGCCGGCAGAGCAGAGAAGAGUCUCUCCAGUUCAUUCUCCGAAGCUUGCUCUGAGGAGAACCGGAUCAGAUCAAGGCACGAACAGGUCACGGGUCAACAAGAAACAACCGGCUGAGAUUUAUCAGAAGGAGGAGAAGGUCUUUGCUCCGGCGGAAGAUGAGUUAUCCACCGUCUCCGAUAGUACGAUCAGCACAUCUUCUCCAACUAAUAUGGAGAGAUUUAAGAUGGAAGAACACAAAGAAGGGAAGGGUCUCCUGGAGAGGUGUGAUAAGUUGUUGAGUAGCAUAGCUGAAAUCACUGCCACAGACUUGCAGCCGAGUCCUGUAUCGGUGCUUGACUCUUCAUUUUACAAGGAAGAGUCACCGUCACCAAUUAUGAAACGGAGCAUUGAUUUCAGAGAGUUUGUUGAAUCGGAAGAUGACAUGUGGAGCUCUGCAAUCUCACCGGUGGAAUCAAAAUCGGAUGAUUGUGAUUUCAUCUAUAUUUCUGAUAUCCUCAGAGCUUCCAAUAUUUUUCCUGAAGAGUCUGAUGUCUUUUCGCUACUAGAGAAGCAGCAAUAUCUCAAGGGGAAGGACACAUCCAAAGUCUCGAGUCUACAAAGGAGGCUAAUUUUCGACACCAUCAAUGAAAUUCUCAACCGGAAGAGACAAUUGCCUCCAUGGAAAGUUAUUUCUUGGACAAACUUGAAUCCUGGACAGACUUCACUCCAACAAGUCUGGUCUGAAUUUCAGAAAAUCCGGGAGCGGGACACAUCGGAGGAUUUAUUUGAGGUCAUUUGCAGUGUCCUAAAAAAGGACCUCGCAGCAGGGGAUGCCAUUAACGGAUGGGGCGAUUGUCCGGUCGAGAUGUCAGAAGCCGUUCUCGACAUUGAACGGCUAAUAUUCAAAGACUUGAUAAGUGAAACCAUUCGAGAUCUCGCUGCCUUUGCUGGGAAACGCAAUAAAAUUGCAGUGCUGCGUAGGAAGUUGGUUUUCUAAAAAGCAAGGGGCGCAAGAAAGAAAAGGAAAACCUUUAUAUAUUCCCUUCCACUCUCACUCCUCGUUUUUCUUAGUUUUUAACUUUUUUGUUCAAUUUGUGAGUGUCUGAGAGAUUUGGGAGAGGUGUUUAAUGUGUCGUUUACCUGAAAUCCAGGCAUCUCUAACGAUGAUUGCUUUUGCAUAGCUGUGAAUGAAAAUGUCGUGUGAAAAAAAAAAGGUUGGAUGUCUGAACUCUAAAGCAUGUGUCAUGUUCAGUUCACUAUAAAAUAUUUUAGGAAAAGAAAGGGAAAAGUGGGUCUGAAAAGAGCAUUGUUUUAAGUGAUUUUUUUUUUCUUUAUUAAACAUGAAAAAAAGUU